GCAGUUGCAGCGCGAGGCGGAGCUGCAACUUUUGUAUGAACUUCGAAGUUGAAUAAUUGUGCAGGAGACGCUGGGGCCAACGGUGCCGCUGCUGGUGUAAAUGUAUUAUUAAGCCGAAAAAUCAAUUGCGACACGCGGGAAAACAGCAGGAAUAAGGGCCGCAGCGAGUGUAACGUAGACAGCGCUUAGCUGAAGAGAAACACCGAGCGGAGAGAAGCUCGAGUCGGACUUUUAUCGCAAGAUUUAUGUGGAGAGAAGACUGCACGAGAGAGCAGCAGCGAGAGGUGCGAAGAAGAGAAGAAGAUCCACAUCUACAUAAAGUGAAAAGGAGAAUAAGAAGAUCUCAUCACAAAAAUGGUCACGACACGUGCAUGAUUCAGCCAAAGAGACGCAGCAUCAGGCCUCAAGUUCUCUUUUAUAUCCCACCAUUGUUUGCGCUCCAUUCUCCGGGCUCUCCAUCUGAGUGGCUGCCCAUGUUCCCUAAGCUUUAUUAUUUCAUCUUCACCGCGGGCAUGCUCCAGUGCUGAGCUCCGCCACAUAACCGUACCAUGACGAGUCUCAAGCGUUCCCAAACCGAGCGCUCUGUGGGCGGCUCUGUUCCCGCCACAGAUGAGUUCUACACCCGCCGUCUUCGCUUGCCCAACGGAGGUGCUCCGCCACCUCGCAGCGAGAGCACACACUUGUCCGGCACACCCGGCGUUCCCAAAAUGGGCGUUCGAGCACGUGUUGCUGACUGGCCACCUAGGAAAGAUGGCGGAGGGGGAGGAAGUGGCGGAAAUGGAGCGGGCGUGUGGCACAUCACGGUGGAGACGGAUUCACCUUCAACCACCACAGGAAGUGCCCAAAGCAACUUGUCAACAAAGCUUGGUCACCUGAUCAGCCCCCAGGACUCAUCCAUGCUACGUAACAUUCACAACACGCUGAAGCACAAGAUGCAGAGCAAAGGUAAAGACAACCGCUUCCUCUCUCCAGACGGUUAUCUCGGUUCGCCCCGCAAGGGCAUGCGUCGCAUUCGACAGCGCAGCAACAGCGACAUCACCAUUAGCGAACUGGAUGGCGAUGGCAGCGAGGGUUGGUCUUUCUCAGGCUGGACACCCAUGCAUAGAGAAUACGGCAGUACCUCGUCCAUUGACAAACAUGGCGUGUCUGGUGAGAGCUUCUUCGACAUGCUCAAAGGAUACCAGACGGAUGCUCCCGACCAGCGAAGCCCGGCUCCUGAAAAGUUGAGCGAGUUGCUGACGGUUGCUCAUAAACAAACCGCCCUCGAUUUGCCCGACGGACCUCUGGGUCCUCCGCGUGGCAGUCCCGCCAGUCGCCUGAAAGAACGAGAAAAACACAUGAAGCGCCGUUCGAAAUCAGAGACGGGAGGAGAGUCCAUCUUCCGCAAGCUGCGUAGUGUCAAAGCCGAAGGGGAUUCCUCUCGCGCCGGUUCCGACGCAGAGGACGGAAAGUCUGACGACGCGGGUCCACCUCCCAAACCGUGGAUCUGCCACAAGGGUUUUGCCCACUUUGACAUCCAGAGCAUUCUGUUUGACCUGAACGAGGCCGUGCAGAGUCGGCAAAGCGCCGUCAAGAGGAAGAACACCACCACGGGUGCCUCCGCUGCAGCUGCAGCCUCGGCUUCUAACACCUCGUCUCUCUCAUCCAACCAGAGCGGGGCGUACGGUUCCCCUUGCGGCAGCCAGGAAGAGCUCAAUGUCAAGGACGGGCCAUCUCUCGAUUCGGGUGACGACAAGAGCAACGAUCUGGUCCUCAGCUGUCCAUGUUUCCGGAACGAAAUCGGGGGUGAGGGAGAGAGAAACGUCAGCCCUUCGAAGCAGGGCAGUAUCGGGAGCGGCGCCUCCAGCUCUUCCAGAGAUGAAGAUGGAUCUCCUGAAAGAGCUCCUGACACACAUUUUAGCAACGCAGGGGUGGCUGUCCUCGAAGCACCAAAGGAUGGCAAGAGUCUCCAUCAUGAUCGUGGAAAGAGCAACAUCGUUGAACAUGUGGACUUGGGUGCUUAUUAUUACAGAAAGUACUUUUACUUGAGAGAGCACUGGAAUUACUUGGGUGUUGAUGAAACACUGGGACCAGUUGCCGUGAGCAUCCGUCGAGAGAAACUGGACGACCACAAAGAACACGGUCCGCAAUACAAUUUCCGAAUCAUCUUCAGAACCAGCGAGUUAACAACCUUACGCGGAUCUAUCUUGGAGGACGCUGUGCCUUCCACCUCUAAGCAUGGUUUAGCCCGAGGUCUGCCUCUUAAGGAGGUGCUGGAAUAUCUUGUACCCGAGCUCAAUGCCCACUGUCUCCGACUGGCCCUCAACACACCCAAGGUCACAGAGCAGCUGAUGAAACUGGAUGAGCAGGGGCUCAGUUUCCAGCUGAAGGUUGGAGUGAUGUACUGUCAGGCGGGACAGAGCAGCGAGGAGGAGAUGUACAAUAAUGAAGCAGCAGGUCCCGCCCUUGAAGAGUUCCUGCAGUUGCUGGGGGAACGGGUGCGCCUUAAGGGCUUCUCCAAAUACCGUGCCCAGCUGGACACUAAAACCGACUCUACUGGAACACACUCUUUGUAUACAACUUUUAAAGACUAUGAGAUCAUGUUCCACGUGUCUACAAUGCUGCCCUACACGCCCAAUAACAAACAGCAGCUACUGAGAAAGAGACACAUCGGAAAUGAUAUUGUCACAAUCGUGUUUCAAGAGCCGGGAGCGAAACCCUUCAGCCCCAAGAACAUCCGCUCACACUUUCAGCAUGUCUUUGUGAUUGUUCGAGCACACAGCCCGUGUUCGGAAAACGCAUGCUACAGCGUUGCAGUUGCUCGCUCACGAGACGUACCUGCUUUCGGACCACCGAUUCCUGAGGACGCCACUUUUCCAAAGGCCACCGUUUUUCGAGAUUUCCUGCUGGCUAAGGUGAUUAACGCUGAAAAUGCGGCUCACAAGUCCGACAAGUUCCGCGCCAUGGCCACACGGACACGGCAGGAGUACUUGAGGGAUCUGGCCGAGCGUCACGUUACGAGCACACCUAUUGAUCCUUCGGGCAAGUUUCCUUUCAUUUCUCUGGCUCACAAGCGUAAAGAAAAGACCCGGCCGUACAACAGCGCAGAACUGCGUAGUCCAGGGGCCAUCACCUGGUCUGUAUAUGCUGAAGAUCACGGGGCCGGAGGAGAACUAGAGGCCCUACUGGCUAUUUCCAAUGACUACCUGGUGCUGGUGGACCCAGAAGCCAAGGCUGUGGUCUUUAACUGCGCUGUCCGAGAUGUCAUCGGUUGGACAAUGGGAAGCCCAGCCUCCAUGAAGAUCUACUACGAACGUGGAGAAAACAUCUCACUGCGCUCCAUGAAUAACAACACGGAAGACUUCCGGGAGGUUGUCAAACGUUUGGAGCACCUCACUAAAGGCUGUGAAACCAGCGAGAUGACCCUCCGGAGGAACGGCCUGGGCCAGCUUGGCUUUCACGUUAACUACGAGGGCAUUGUGGCGGAGGUUGAGCCGUACGGUUACGCCUGGCAGGCGGGGUUGAGGCAAGGCAGCCGAUUGGUCGAAAUUUGCAAAGUGGCUGUGGCCACGCUUUCACACGAGCAGAUGAUAGACCUUCUCCGCACCUCAGUAACUGUGAAAGUGGUGAUUAUACCACCCCAUGAGGAUUCCACACCUCGCAGGGGAUGUUCAGAACUGCACCGCAUGCCCGUUGUAGAAUACAAGGGCAGUAAUGAGAGCGGCUCAUAUGAAUACAAGUUUCCUUUCCGGAGCAAUAACAACAAAUGGCAACGGACUUCAUCCAGCCCACAGCAAUCUCUCACCGCCUCGCCCCAGAGUCACAGCGGAACCCCGAACCGUGCCGUCAGCCUGGGUGCCAGCAUGGGCAAGACCCUCUCAGCCGAACGGCCCGAACGAGCCGCUGCCAUACCACGCAGUGUGUCCAGCGACGGCCGACCUCUGGACCCCAAAAGGAUUUCUCCGGGUUCUGAGAACUAUGCCCUGAGUUCCUCCCUAAUGUUGGGCCGCUCGCCACACAACCGCAGCUCUCCCAGUAACCUCUCCUGCUCCAGUGACACAGGCUCGGGAAGCUCCGCUCACUGGAGGCAGAAGUCCAUGCCUGAGGGAUUUGCGCACAACAGGCACUCUCCACUCCCGCCGGAGAGGCAAAUGGUAGCGGAAGGAGGGAGCAGCGGCAAGUCGACCCCCAGCUGGCCCAGAGUGGAGGACGGUUCCGACAGACCACCAUCAGAUGCCCCGGUCACAAAAUCAGGCUCCUCCUACUCAGGUGCCCCACGCAUCCAGAGGCAGGAGCAAGUCAUUCACCUUUCUCCCAAAAAAGGCAGCCAGGAAGGUCCAUUUUCCCACUCCAACAGUAACACACUAUCCAGCACCGCCUCUAGUGGGGGUCACAGUGAUGAUAAGUGGUAUGAUCUCAGUGGUGGUGGACUUGGAGACCAGCCAGACUCGGAGCCCAACGGUCUGGGUGGUGGUUACCUGCAGGGAGCUUCAGCAGACAGUGGGAUUGAUGCCACAUCAUACGGACCCGCUCAUGGGAGUUCCAGUUCUCUGCUGGCUGUGGGAGCUUCUGGGGCAAGGGAGAGGGCUCCUUCACCCUGGCACAGCCCUACAGAGGGGGGUCGGAGGGUGCUUGAGAGAUCCCCUCCUGCCGCAGAGUCUCAAGUUUCCCCUGCUGAAGCGCCGCCAACCACUAACCGCAGCCCACCAACUCACCUGCUUGUUCGGGAUGGCAGUUCCUACAGUCUGAGCGAUAUGGCCUCCUUCUCCAGCACACGUCAUUCCGUCAGCCCUGCGGUCAUGAGCUCCAGCCACAGCUCCCCGCGUGAAGAGUCUUCCUCCGCAACCUCCCCCUCCUCUUCCUCCUCCCAGAGCUCCGUGUCAGUCGGCCCCAAGAGUUUCUACCCUCGCCAGGGCGCCACUAGCAAGUACCUGAUUGGCUGGAGGAAACCCGGCAGCACCAUCAACUCGGUGGACUUCGGAGACACGCGAAAAAGAACUCCAGGUGAGGGACCGGAUGUUGGAUCAUCCCAGUCCAGACCUUCUCUUCGAGAUCUGCACUCUCCCCAAGCCAUGUGUAAGUCCACAGUGGAGGAGGACCGCAAGAUACACAUCACACUGGACAGUCCUCCAUCCAAACCGCAUAAAGAGAAGGCCUCCUCCUCAAGUCCAGCAAACUUAGGGAGACGUUCUUUGCACCGCACCCUGUCCGAUGAGAGUAUAUAUCGCGGUCAAAGGCUUCCGUCUCUGGGAGACUCUGUUCUGGAGCAGGCUCUGGCCAGUGACGUGCUCUUUAGCUGCUCCACCCUUCCACGAUCUCCGACCACUCGUGGUGCUCCGUUGCGCAGACCCUCCUACAAAAUGGGAAUCAAGAUGCAUGGUGACUUCUCAGCGUCUGACACCUCUCUAGCAGACCUACAUGAGCGACAGAGGCUGCCUCCCCCUGAACUGGGUCUCCUGCCCCUCCCAGACACGGACACACACAGCGGCCUGGACUGGACACACCUCGUUGACGCUGCUAAUGCUUUCGAGGGUGAGAGAAGACCACAGCGCAUCCAAAGAGGGUACAUGUUUAGUUCCCAGGACGUCAGUCAGUCAAGUUCUCUGAGUCCUCAACACCUCGAGCUUCAGCCUGUGCCCCAUACCAGACUGUCACCCAGUGAUGUGCCUACAAGCUACGGUGGGAAGGUUUCUCAACUGGAGGCUUUGGUGAAGAUGUUGCAAGAGGACUUAAAGAAGGAAAGAGAAGAGAAAUUGAAACUGCAAGCACAAAUUAAAAGGCUUUGGGAAGACAAUCAAAGACUUCAGGAGGAGUCGCAGAGCUCUGCUGCCAAGCUGAAGAAGUUCACAGAGUGGGUCUUUAACACCAUCGAUCUGAACUGAAGCAUCCACAGAAGACAGGCCAGAUCGAUGGACUUUCCGAGGACCAGAUAGAUACGGGACUCGCUCCCUACAGGAUUUCGAAUUGUCCAUUCACAAUUCAACAUUAUUUGAUAUUCACACAAACGUUACUCCACAAGCUGUCAAAUGUUUCAAACUCUCUUGAUAAACUGACACUGAAACGGCUUAAAGUCAGGAGAGAGCUCUCUUUUCCUAAUGAGUUCCUCUAGAUCCCUUGGGACGUCAUUAGAAAAAGCUGCAAGAGUAACUCGCAACUGACUGUCAUGGCUGCCUCGGCAUUCCAGCCCGGUCCAUUGUUGUUUCUCCUGCGCCCUACUUAUGACUGACAACCCAACGUCCUGUUUUAGUCAUCUGGACAGUGCCCCAUCCAUUGAUUCGGCAACCAAUCUGAAGACAAUCAAAUGAAACCGUGAUGACCAUAUUACAACAUCCUCUUAUUUCGCCUUGUGAAAGUCGUUGUUGUUUUGGAGUUUGUGCUUUCCCCUGAACAGAUUUAGAUAGCUUGUCCGCAUGCUCUGACAAAUCCAUCUGCGAACUGUAUGCGUUGCCCUGCUGUUGAAUAACACUUGCAUUUCAAAAGGAAGAUUUGACUGUUUUUCUGAGGUGGCAUGAAGUGAUUUGAUCAUAAUGAAGUCAAUAAUUGUGUUGUGAUGUGAUGUUACAUCUCAACAUCAAUCAAAGCAAUAGCAGGGAGUCGAUAUCCUUGUAUUAAAGAUUGAAGUGUGCAAGACUUAAAACGGCUGGCAAUAUCCUGCCUUGAUUCUUCUCAAGCAACUGUAAAUCUCAAGUCUGCGGUACGAAUGCUGAGGACGUUACAGUCACCAACGUGGAAUUAAUGGACAUAUUUUUUGGGAACAGUUCAGUUAUUUAUUUCAUUUAUGUUAUAAAUAAGUAAGGUUCUCUAUGCGUGCAGUACAAGAGACAUCUGUAAAUAGCAUUUAAUUAGCGCGAGGAUGUCACUUAUUUGUUUUCAUUUUUAGUAGAGUUCUGCCUGAGCUGCCGUAUCUUUUGUUGUGCCAGUAGUGGUGCCCUAAUCUGCUGUUGUAUUGCUUUAGUGCCAUCUAGUGGUGAAAAGUGACUUUUCUAAUCUAUUACAGUUUCUUUCCACGUUGCCUAUACUGACACCCAUACAAACAGUAGUGUUGAAAACCUUGCAUUUCGACAAGAGAGAUUACUGUACGAAGCAGACACACGGGUAUUGGGUUUAAUAUCAGGGAUAAGAGGAAGGUGCCUUUCUGAGAAAAGGGAUGAAUAAAAAGAAACAAUUUACUAAUGUAAAAGCACGAGAAGCAUUUUCAGAGCUGCGUCUCAAUCUAUAGGAGACCAAGCUGUCCUGAUAAAAGCAAUGGCUUGCUUGCGGAACUCGUACAUGGAGUCAGUGCUCGGGUGCCGUAUGAUUUAUAUUUCCCCCAUGUGGCCACCAUUGCAUCAUAAGUGAUGGAACCAGGAUGAGGAAGCGACCAGAGGGAUGGUUUAGUUAGGAGCCCGGUUCACUGCCUGAGAUCAAUAACAUUGAACAGGCGCCUUGUAAUCUCACACCCUGUUACAGCAAUUUGCCUUUGUUGUCAGAAUUUCGGCUGAACAGAGUGGCAGAAAGGUCAACCAUCAAAGACCAAACAUUAUGCCCUACUUCUGUCAUUGACCCAGUAACGUGUACCGUAUAGAUCUGGUUAGCGGGGCGUGUUUAGACUGUUCGGCAAGCACUAGCCAAUGUCUCCGUACAAGAGUCAAGAGUCGAUUUCUGGACACUUUACGUAUUAUGAAGAAGAUUUGCACAGUGGAUCCGGAGGUGACUUCGAUUCGAGUCGGUGAGCAGAGAGCAGCCGUAAUCGAUUCUGUUCUAGGAAUCAUUAGAAGUGUCUCAGAAAUUGCCUCCUGAUACCAACAGAGAACGAAAAAGAAUGCAAAACAUUUAGCCUCAUUCAAAGCUCCCUGUAAACGGGGACGAGCUGCACAAAACAGAAAAUAAUGUGCCCAGAUGAAUAAGAGAUUAUUAGUUUCAUUUCCGCUCGGUUUUCAAUUUAGUUGCCAAUUUUGCUCUCUCAGUUAGGAGGGCGUAAGUCAGAACAUCAAACUCUGACUGCAGAAAAUAUGACUGCUAUUUAUUCUCUGAACCGUACAUCCCCUCUGGUAUUCAUUUCUCGAACAUUCUCAGCCCUUUUAAACAAAAAAAUGGUUUCGUUUAAGGUAAAUAUUGAUGACUGUGGGAAUGUAAAUGUUUUUUUAUUCACUCUUCUAUCUUUUCAAAUUUUCGUUUCUAUUUUCCUGAUUUCACUUUCUUUGCACUGUUUUUCGUUUUGUAUAAAUCUCUUGCUAUUGGUUUAUGGACAAGCAUAAACAUAUGGCUCUUGAUGUUGUUAUUUGUUCUUAUGUAUGCAGUCCUUUUCAAAAGAGAGAGAGAGAGAGAGAGAGAGAGAGAGAGAGAUAAGGCUGAGAAUGUGCUUUCCCUCCUCGUUUCUCUUUUAUAUUGUGUCACUAGACGUUAUUCCAUAUAUUCUCCCAUCUUAACUUUAAGAGUUGUGUUUUUAAUGACGUGCACAUUUUAAAAAGGAGCAUUAUGACUACAAACGAAACGUACUGUUUACAUAUUCUGUUCUUCAUCUUUGUAAAGUGUAGAGGUUUAAAAAGAGACUAUUUCCAGUGAUUACAGUAUUAAGGUUUCAUAAAUAAAUAAUAAUAAAAAAACUUGAUUUGAGGUGCUGUAAUUAUUCAUAUACUGGUCGAAUGGAAUGGCUCGUGCUUGCUGCCUGCUCACUGAGGUGUAAUCCGUCAUUACUUUGAGCCAAUAAAUUAUUUUAAAUGCCAUAGUUGAAUGUC